CUCGAGCAGCACAGCUCAGAGGAGGCGCCUCCGUGGAGCAGGAGCCACCGGACGGAGGCGAAAACCUUUACGCGGAUAAACAGGCACGAGCGCGGAGCGGACCUGGAUCACACUGUGGAUGAUUGGGAAGUACGGGUGCUGCGAGGAAGGACUCCAAAGCUGCGCGAGAUGACAUCUUUACCGAGUGGAGGAGCAUAGUGAAAAAGUCACCGCUGCUGGCAGAGAAGAGGACUGCGUUUCCUUUGCCUUUUCUUCACUCGGACCCUCGUCUUCAGGCAGCUGCUCUUUCAAUGUGGGAUACAGUCUUCUUGCUCUCGCCAGGCUGAAAUCCUCCAGGGUCAGGACCUCCCUCAUGGCAGCCUUGCUCCUCGGGCUGCUGCUUUUUGCAAUCCAGUCCCCCCCCAUCCCCUCCAGGCCCGCUGUGGCAGACGAGGGGCCACCUCCAUCUCCCACCUCACCCCCUGCUGACAAUGGCACCACCAGCCACCCAAACGGAACCUUGAGACAGCUCCCCCAGAUUAUAAUUAUCGGCGUGAGGAAGGGGGGGACGCGGGCUCUGAUAGAGAUGCUCAGCCUGCACAGCGCGGUGGCGGCAGCGCAGAACGAGGUGCACUUCUUUGACUGGGAGAGUCACUUUCAGAAGGGCUUGCCGUGGUACCUCAGCCAGAUGCCGUAUGCCUUCCCCGACCAGCUGACGGUGGAGAAGACCCCUGCCUACUUCACCUCCAGUAAAGUCCCCAAACGCAUCCACGAGAUGAACCCAGACAUUAAGCUGCUGCUCAUCCUCAGAGACCCCACGGAGAGGGUUCUGUCGGACUACACGCAGGUCUUUUACAACCGCCUGCAGAAGCACAAACGCUACCAGCCCAUCGAGUCGGUCCUGGUGAAGGACGGGGAGAUCAACCUGGGAUACAAGGCUCUCAACCGCAGCCUGUAUUACAUUCACAUGCAGAACUGGCUGAAAUACUUCCCCAUGAGGAGCAUCCACGUGGUGGAUGGGGACGAGCUCAUCAGGGACCCCCUCCCGGAGAUGAAAAAGGUGGAGAGAUUCCUGAAGCUGGAGCCUCAGAUCAACGCUUCGAACUUUUACUUCAAUAAAACGAAAGGAUUCUACUGUUUGAGGGACCACGGGAGAGAGAGGUGUUUACAUGAUUCAAAGGGGCGGGCUCACCCUCACGUGGCCCCCGCCAUCCUGCAGAAGCUCUACCAGUUCUUUCACGAACCAAACAGGAAGUUCUUUGAGCUGGUGGGUCGAACAUUUAACUGGAAUUGACCCUAGUUUGGUGUAGUCUCACUGGGGGCUUCUCUACCUUUACUCACUAAUGAUGUAGAUAAAAUAAAGCUAAUGUAAAUGGAAUCUAAAUCUAUUUUUGUACUAGUACUUUUGUUACAUGAGCCAAAUAUCAGGGCAGACUACAGCUCAUGACAUGCAGUCAGUGCACGUCUUCUGUUCCUCGUCAGACAUGCAUCUUUUUGUCUUUCUGGACUGUUAGGAGCGCUCACACUCGCCUCAUCAAAGCUUAUUAAAACAUUAAAGACAUGCAGACUGUGCCAGUUAUCGUGUUGCAUAAAGAGGAACACCAGGCGGUUUUAUACUGUCAUGCCUUCAUGUCUCACUUCAUGUAUUAUCACAUUAUUAACGUCCAACUGCUUCUAGAGCUCUGAAGGACCUAUUACCUGCUGCUAUGAUUUUCUCAGUCACUUUCAGGCACAAACCGCCUGCAUAUUGUCCUUUUUGUGUGACUCAGCCAGUUAUAUAAAAGCUCCGUGCUCACACACUUGCUGAUCAUUACAGUGGACUGUAAAUAGAUUUUUUUAAGGUGAAAAAUUAACACCAUAAUAAAGAUGUAUUUUAUUUUUA